CCCGGGCUGACGCUCACAAGUCCGGGGUAAGUAUACAGCGAUCUGUUAACAGUCCCACCACGUCUACUCCGUGUGUUUCUCUGCACAGGCCCGGUGCACCCAGGACGCGAUCUUCCCAGAUGUCCUUCACUGCGACGCCGGGACACCACGGACCCUGGGUGCAUCCACAGCGGAGGACGCGAGCCGGGUCCCGGGCGACGACUUCUCCCCCUCCUGCCUUCGACAUCUCCAUCCGGAACCGCUUCGCUCCCCUCCGCGAGACAGGACGCGACGCUGUGAUCACCGGAGACUCCAUCGUCCGACACGUAAGUGCUACGUUAGCCGAAGGUAAAGUGCACACUCAUUGUUUGCCUGGUGCUCGUGUUCUCGAUGUUUCUGCGCAGAUACCCACGAUCCUGAAGGUCGACGAGAGCCCCAGAGCGGUCGUGCUUCACGCCGGGGUUAACGACACCACGCUGCGGCAGACGGAGACGCUGAAGAGGGACUUCAGCAGCCUGAUCGAGACGGUUCGCAGCACGACGCCCGCGGCGACGAUCGUCGUGUCAGGACCACUGCCCACGUAUCGACGAGGACACGAAAGGUUCAGUAGACUUUUUGCUUUAAAUGAAUGGUUGUUGUCAUGGUGUAAAGAACAGAAACUGCUAUUUGUUAAUAACUGGAAUCUUUUCUGGGAGCGUCCUAGGCUGUUUCGCGCUGAUGGAUUACACCCCAGCAGAAUCGGAGCGGAGCUGCUCUCUGACAACAUCUCCAGGACACUUCGCUCCAUGUGACUAGAUUUACACAAGCUCCAGUCUGGAUCCAGAACACCUGAGAAGAGAUGAUGCUGACCCUCAGAGGACCCCAGAU